CAUGGAAACAUUGCGUUCAUGUGGAGUGGUAUUAGGAAGGCUGCCAGUGAUGAGUCUUGUUGCCUUGUCUUGGCCAACAUAGCCAGUGAUAUAUAGCGCUAAAAAUGCUUGGGUGUGUGUAAUGUGGAAGGGUGCUCGACGGAGGUUAUCAAGCUAUGUUGGGAAGCCUCCUAUGACAGCAGGGCUGUGGUUUGUAUUGGUUAGAGUGAUGAAAUAUGUAAUAAAUUCUACAGGAAUAAUGCAGGAACGCGAAAGUUUGCUGUGUUGUCAAAGAUAUCAAGGUUGAUAUCAAGAUAAGAUGUUCGGUUGGGGAGAUGCGGAGGAGAACACUGAUAAUAUGAGCGCAUGCCGGUGCGUGCGCAUGAUACACACAACUUUAACCAGUAUUCAUUGUCUCAGUUUGAGAUAGCAGACAAGUACGUGGUAAACUGUAACUUGUUGGGUACUGUGAGACUGCGCCGCAUCAUCAUCGGUUUGCAUACUGAUACCGGAUCUCCCCAAAUCACCGUGAGCGCCGCGCAACGUUGAGACAAGCCAAAACUGGAUGAGACCCCGAGGCUGAUGCACUGGUGAGCUGGCUCUGGCGAGUGUAAUUGAAUAAGAUUACUGGCAUCCAACGUUGGCAACGACUAUAUGUGAUGUGGCGGUUGAUUAACUAAUAUUGGAUCCGGGUCUGUCGCGAACUCGGGUCCAAGCUGAAGAUAAAGGGCCGGUGUGAAGAGCAGUGCGACCAAGGGACGAAAGAGAACCGAACCGACUUGGGAGGUGAUCGGGGUCUUGGUGGGCCAUAAUUAGCCGAUUACAUUACCGCAUGUAAUGUAAAUA